AUGCCCGGACGUAAUCAAAUUCGUAUUGAUGAAAUUUUGCAUCGACAAGCCGGAAAAACUGUACUAGCCGAAUAUUUGUACGAAGAAGAUGUUGGUUUUGGUAGAAGACGCUCGUAUCAUAUAAAAGUUCCUCGAGACGAGUAUGAGCGGAUAGCAAGAAGAACCUUGAGAACGGUAAUACCAUUUGAUAAAUGGUUGAAAGUGUUGCGACCAUUCAUGUUGGGUGAAGAAGCAGCCGAUGAUAUAGCUGAAGCAUUUCGUAUACUCGACACCGAUUAUUCCAAUAAAAUCGAUAUUGAUGAACUCGAAGCGUUUAUGCCAGUCAUUGUACCUAGGGCGCCUCCAAAAGUUCUACGUCAAUAUAUUCAAAAAGUUGACAGAAAUUUUGAUGGUAAACUUAAUUUGGCUGAAUUCACCGACUUAGUCACAAGAGGCAUUGGUCGAGACAUCGCAUUCAUAGGUGCCUAA